AUGUCUUUGCCCGCGUUUUUCUUCGCAGCCUCACUUCCAUUAAUUGUUCUCACCUGUCAGGCCGGAACAGGUACAGUUUUUGAAGACUUCUUUUUGAAAAAAAAUCGAAUUUUCGGAAAGCUCCAAAAGUCCAAUGCUUCUUUUUUUGAGAAAAAUUAGAAGUAACUGUUUCUUUCAAAAACGAGAUAAAUUCACUUGGAGUUGGAAAAAUUUUGAAAAUGGGACCAAUAGUCAAGUUAGGAAUCUCUAGAACUCCUGGGGGAAAAGUUCGAACUUUCUGGUUAGUCUCCAGAAAAUUGUGACGCUUCGCAACCAGAUGAGAUGAAAAAAGACAUUUCUGGUCAACUUUUUCAUGAAGAUUGCAUGUUUCAAGGCAACGUGGGCAGGACGGCAGUCAUCAAGUACAUUAUGGCUCCAGCUGUAAGGUACACCUACUCAAAUAACGUGACCCAGGGGCAAAUCAGCGAGUCUUACGCCAGAAUAUCCAUUCAACAGGACACCGAAGAUGCGGCGAGUUUUUCGAGGGAAAGGGGGGGGGGCGCUUUGAUAUAGUUUUUUUCGGGUUUUUUCGAGGCAAAAAAAAGAACCAGAAACAAGAAAAAAAAAGUGCAAAGCAUAAUUUCAUCUAUUUUUCAGGUUUUUCAAACGCUGAGAAAAAAUAACCUGCCUCCAAAUGGGGUCACCGUCGGGGUUAGUUUUAUUUUUCACAUUGAAAAAUCAGAAAAAAAAAAGGAAAUAGUCCAUUCUUCUAACAAAAAAGUGUUCGUAUUUUCUAUAUAACCUUCAGGUUACUUACACACCACCUAUGCUUCCACUCAUAGCCCCAACUGUUAAUUGUGACGCAAACGCAGCAGGGACGGCUGUGAUUUUAUACAUAGUCACGGAAGGUGAGCGAAUUAUAUUCUACAGGGGGAGUCAAAAAUAGUGAGAUAACCAAAGGUCGAUGUAACUUAAAAUCAAGAGAAUGAUUCCGAAUAAACAUUUCCAGUGCAAUAAAGAAAAAGUGAAAGUUAUAGAAAAAAUAAUAUUUAUUCUUAAUACUAACCAAAACACGUGGUGAAGAACGCUGUUCGCUUUUAGUCCGUUUAAUUCAUCCUAAUCUCAGCUCUUCUUUGGGUUAAUUUCUUUUUUUUUUGAUAGUUUAGAGUUGACUUUCUGACCUUAUUCUACAUAAAGUAAGAAAGUUUUGAAUUUUCGCGAAAUCUAACUGGCUUUGAUCCCCUCUGUGUUCGCCAAAAAUUGAAACCGUUUGUUUUCUCUGCGCUCUCUUUUCCCUCACUGGCUUUUUCAUGUAGCUGUUUUCGGGUGUCGAUGAGCUCUUCGGUUAGAGAAAAGAGGGUGCAGACAAAUCAGACAAAUUCAAGUUAUGAGAAAGAAGAAAUGCAGUUUUCAACCCAACUGUGUGAACAAGCUCGUUUUCUCAGGAACUGUCCAGUCGAAAUGCGGCAAAAAUAGCAUCGCUGAUGCAUAUUCACUCCCUUUCGACGUCACUAUCACUUCUCCUAUUGUAAUAUCUUUUCUUCACUUUUCGAUAUUACGAUUAUUCGUUUCAGCCAAUUUUCGAGAGUCAGUGGAAGUUUUUGGCUGCGCAAAUCUCAACAGAAAUGACUAAAAAAGGAUCCAAGCUCGUGGAUCCCCGCAUUACAGUCUCAAACUGA